AUGACUUUAACCCGCUCUCAAACGGGGAAGACCCCCAAGAAAAUGGACCGCCCCGGCUUCAUUGAGACCCCUGGCCGCCGCACCACCCGCAAUACCUCUGUCGUGGAUGGCAGCAGCGAGAACGAGGCCUCCAAUACCCCCUCCCUAGAGGGAUCUAAGUCCAGCACCCGUCGUCGCGCCUCAGGCAAAUCCAAGACCGAGGAGAAUGGUACUCCGGCGAAGACCGCGGUCAAUGGCAAGAACAUACCCCCCAAGUCCGCACCUCAGUCUCAGUCGCGUAUAGUGGACGGCUGGGAGGAGGGUCUUGAUCCCAAGGUAGAUUACAGCGGGCAUUUCGAAUUUGGUGGAUCGUGGGGUGUGUUAUCCAUGAUGAUCGGAUUCCCCAUGCUCAUGUACUACAUGUGGAUUGGUGCCACCUACUAUGAUGGCAAGUUCCCUCGCCCCGCCGCGAACGAGAGCUAUGGCGACUUUUUGGCACACUUGGUCAACCUGGUAUACACCGGUGCUUUCCCCUCAGUCAAGGCAUGGACUAUUUACUGGGUUUUCUUCAUCUUCGAGGGCGCCUGUUACGUACUACUUCCCGGUGUGUCGGUCUCGGGACGCCCGCUGCCGCAUAUGGGUGGCAAGCAGCUGCCAUAUUACUGCUCUGGUGUGUGGUCUUUCUACACUAGCAUUGGGCUGGCACUCCUUGCGCAUGUAACUGGGUUCUUCAAGCUGUACACUAUCAUUGAUGAGUUUGGCCCUUUGCUUAGCGUUGCCAUCCUGUCCGGAUACAUCGUCUCCUUCAUUGCCUACUUCUCUGCAUUGGCGCGUGGUGCGGAGCACCGUAUGACCGGCUAUCCGAUCUAUGACUUUUUCAUGGGCGCUGAACUUAACCCCCGCAUGUUCAAGAUCCUUGACUUCAAAAUGUUCUUCGAGGUUCGCCUGCCCUGGUACAUCCUGCUAGGUCUGUCUAUGGGUGCCGCUGCGCGCCAGUGGGAGAUGUACGGUUAUGUGUCCGGUGAAGUUAUGUUCCUCGUUAUGGCUCAUUUCCUUUACGCCAAUGCUUGCUCCAAGGGUGAGGAAUGCAUUGUAUCCACCUGGGACAUGUACUACGAGAAGUGGGGCUUCAUGCUGAUCUUCUGGAACUUGGCGGGUGUGCCUCUGAGCUACUGCCACUGUACCAUUUAUCUCGCUAACCACGACCCUGCCGAAUACCGGUGGAACCGCUACUUCCUUGCCUUCCUUUACGUCGCCUAUCUCUUUGUCUACUGGGUGUGGGAUACCACCAACAGCCAGAAGAAUCGUUUCCGUCAACAGGAACGUGGCACCAUGCUUCCCUGGCAAACAGUCAAGAACCCCAAGACUCUCACUGCCGCUGAUGGCUCCAAGAUUCUUAUUGAUGGGUGGUACGGCAAGGCCCGCAAGAUUCACUACACGUGUGAUCUCUACUUCGCCUUGAACUGGGGCUUGAUUACCGGAUUCUCAAGCCCGUUCCCCUGGUUCUACCCCGUCUUCUUCGCCUGCAUGAUCAGCCACCGUGCUCUUCGUGAUAUUCAGCGGUGUCGCAUCAAGUACGGGGAGACCUGGCUUGAAUAUGAACGACAGGUGCCUUACCUGUUUAUCCCUGAAUCCUACUAUGAUGUUCCUACUAAAGCGGAUGGACAGGGGACGAUGCGCAUCUAUGUCUUUCAUCCGACAAUCCCAGGUUACCCCAAAGCGCGAUUCCCUGGCGUCGUAGUCUUUAGUGAGAUCUAUCAGGUAACCGGUCCUGUGGCACGUUUUGCACGUCAGAUUGCAGGUCAGGGGUACAUAUGUGCUGCUCCCUCGAGCUACCAUGAAUUCACUGGCCCGGAACCUCUGAAGUAUGACGCAGAGGACACGGACAAGGGUAACGCAUGGAAGAUUGGCAAGAAACUAGCAGCUUAUGAUGAAGACGCUCGUAUCAGUGUAGAUUAUCUGCUCUCACUGGCAACAUGCAAUGGCCAAAUUGGUGCCACGGGCAUGUGUCUGGGUGGCCAUCUGGCCUACCGUUGUGCGCUGGAUAGCCGGGUUAAGGCAAGCGUGUGUUACUUCGCUACCGAUAUCCACAGCAAAACCCUUGCCCUGGGCAAAAAUGAUGAUAGCUUGGACAGAGCUGGAGAUAUCAAGGGUGAGAUGCUGAUGAUCUUUGGUAAAAAUGACAACCACGUUCCGCCCGAGGGACGCGAUCUCAUCCGCAAGACCCUCCAUGAGAAGGGUGUGUUAUUCGGCUUUUACGAAGUUGCAUGGGCUCAGCAUGCCUUUAUUCGUGAUGAACUUAGCAAGGGUAGGUACGAUCCAGCUAUCACCAAGGUUUGCUUCGAAAUGCUUCUAGAACUAUUUGGGCGUACAUUGAAACUUGAUCUGGGCGAGCAUGAUGGGCAAAAGUUGGUGAUUGAGGAUGUUUGCUAA